UACUAUUCGAACGUAAAACGAAGUAAAAUGCCACCCCAAAUACGUGAAAUCUCGCCAGAAUUACAAGAACAUGCGGUAAAGUACUUGAACGAGGUUCCAGAGCGUAUUGAAGCUGACCUUGAGGCGUUAAAAACAUGGAUUGUACAGCAGCCCCACCUUAAUCCACGCACAGAUGACCAAUUUUUGAUAGCUUUUCUUCGGGGGUGUAAGUACAGUCUGGAAAAGGCCAAGUCCAAGAUAGACACGUUCUACAUGCUUCGCACCAAAUACCCCGAAAUGUUUAAUCCAACCGACGUCGACAAUGGAAAACUCCGAGAAAUUUUGCGUUUGGGACCCAUCGUCUAUCUUCCCAAAUUAUACAAUGGUGCACGCUUAGGUAUUUUUAGACUUGGCCCUGUUCCAGCUGAUAAAUAUGCUAUACAUGAAGUAAUGCAAGUGGGCCAAGUUAUGCAGGAAAUAACUUUGCUGGAGGACGAUUACGCAAUCAUAAACGGAAUCAUUCUUAUAAUGGAUAUGAAAGGUGCCACAGCAGGGCAUCUGUUUCAGAUGACCCCUGGACUAGCCAAAAAGAUGACAACAUAUAAUGAAGAGGCUUUACCUAUCAGACCUAAGGCUCAACAUUUUGUAAACACGAUUCCUGGAUUUGAAACAAUUUUUAAUAUGAUCAAACCAAUGAUGUCUAAAAAGCAGCAAGAAAGGCUUUUUAUUCAUGGAAAAAUGGAAUCAUUGAUAGAACAAAUACCCUUGGAGUACCUACCAAAGGAGUAUGGUGGCGAAAAUGGAUCUAUUGAAGAAAGCGUUGCUGAAUGGGAGAAAAAAUUUGAUUCAUACAGAGAGUAUAUUAAGGCCAAUGCAAACUAUGGCACGGAUGAAUCUUUACGACCUGGAAAAGCAAUCGAUUUUGACAGUCUUUAUGGUACCGAAGGUUCUUUUAGGAAAUUGAACGUAGAUUAAGUCAAUUGUAAUCAAUUUGUAACUGUUGUAAUAGUGCUAUAAAAUAAAAGAAUCCAAUUUUUUUUUGC